AUGUACGCCCUCCAGCUCCCAGUCUCCGCCAUCCGAACCAAAAUUAGACAAGAAUUCGAGCGUCAUCGAUACGUAAACCAAUUGCCGGUCGUCGAUGUUCUAUUGUUUCAAAGCCAUAGCGAGUUCCAGGAAACCAUGAACUUCUGGAAACAAUUAUCGCAAUUGAUGAAAUACUUCAGAGCAGAGGAAGACCCAUCGGCUAAGCUGCCCAAGAACUUCAUGUCCGGUUUCAUGGAGGGUCGGAACUAA